ACUGUCGCCUCUUUCCUCUCUCGGUCUCUCCUCUGCGGCUCUGCCUCGCCACUCGCCACCGCCGACCAGACACCGUAAGCAGUCAGUCCGUCACACCAGCUCGGCAGCCCGUGAAGAAGAACAACUGAACAAAGAGAUGACAUACGAGGAGAUGGAGGAGUACUUCUGGCCGUUCUGGGUGGACGGCAGCUCGGCAGCGAUUUUGAGGAUUUUUGCAGAUUUUCCCUAAUUACUUGCCUUGCAGAGUUUAUUUUGCCAUUUUGAUUUUGAUGAAUUUUAUUAGCAGUGUGAGUCUGUGACCCUGCAGGAAAUGCUGGCUCCGUCCCUGACCAUAUGCGCAUAGAUGAUACGCUUAUCUGCCAUCUGAGUGAUCAAGUCAUCAAAGUCUCUGCUGUGUCCUUAAUAUUUGACGUUCUUCCACUCGUUCGACGAAUUGCCACAAUGGGUGGUGUACAUCCAUACUGAACAAUCCAGGUCAAGUUAUCUACUUCGCGUAUUGAUCUUUGGCUGGCUUCCACUUGUUCGACGAAUGGCUUCAAUGGGUGGUGUGCGUGUUGCUUAACUUUGCCAUGUAGUUCUGCGCUCUCACAUAACAUAUCGGGUCUGGGUUCUGCGAUAUCAAGCAAAUUUUCAAGUUGUACUUAGCUUUCCAUUUUUGGCGAUGUUUCAGCUCAAAGUUGUUUCAUAUGGUUGCAAGAGCAUGAGCGUUGUUAAGAUGAUGUGCUCGAAUCAACAGAUGCUUCAUCCCCGUAAAUUUUCAUGCUCAGUUCUUCAUGGGUAUACAACCAUAUUUGCAUGGAAUUUUCUUGCAGUGAAUAAAAUUAGCACGACUGGCACAAUUUGGGCUCCAAAAACAGGUUCAAAUUUUGAUGUGCAAUUGUUAAAUUUAUUUGGUGGGAUUUUUUCUCGUAAUUACACUUCAGGAACUAUUGGAUUGGAGAAUGUAUCUGAUUAUUGUAGCACUGCUGAUAAGGCAUACCAGACUAUCAUGGAUUACGCUAAUCCUGUGCAUAAGAUGGAGAUAGCUCUCGAUAAACUAGGCGUGGAACUGACUACUCCUCUGGUGGUAGAGGUCCUGAAUAAGCUUCGAUAUGAGGAGAAAUUAGCAUUUAGGUUCUUCACGUGGGCGGGGAAGCAGGAAAAUUAUGGUCAUGAGUCUCAGGUGUAUAAUGAGAUGAUUGAUAUAUUGUCCAGUACAAAGUACAAGGUAAAGCAGUUCCGAAUUGUUUGUGAUCUUCUGGACUACAUGAAGAGGAACAGUAAGAGUUCUGUUCCUGUCGAAGCGAUGCUAACUAUUCUGAGGCAGCAUACUGAAAAGCAUUUGACUCAUCUUCACAAAUUUGCAAGGAAGAAGAAAAUAAGGGCGAAGACGCCACCCGAGAUCUAUGCCUUCAAUUUACUGUUAGAUGCUCUAUGUAAGUGCGCUCUUGUUGAGGAUGCUGAAGCCAUGUUUAGGAGAUUAAAGAACAAGUUAAACCCAAAUGCAGAUACUUAUAACAUUCUGUUUUUCGGAUGGUGUAGAGUUAGAAACCCAACUAGAGGUAUGGGCGUACUUGAAGACAUGAUCAAAAUGGGGCAUACACCUGAUAACUUUACAUACAAUACAGCAAUCGAUAGUUUUUGCAAAGCGGGCAUGGUUACAGAGGCUUCUGAACUACUGGAAUUUAUGAGAACUCAAGGUUCAACCAUGUCUAGCCCCACUGCAAAAACCUAUUCCAUUAUGAUCGUGGCUCUUGUCCAGAAUGAUAGAAUGGAGGAAUGCUUUAAGGUUCUUGGGGAUAUGAUAAGUAGCGGAUGCCUUCCUGAUGUUUCAACAUAUAAAGAUCUCAUUGAAGGUAUGUAUUUGGUUGGAAAGAUCGAGGCGGCUUAUAAACUUCUGGAAGAGAUGGGAAGCAAAGGUUAUCCUCCUGAUAUUGUUACUUUCAACUGCUUUCUUAAGGUCCUGUGCCACAAUAAUGACAGAGAUGAAGCACUUAGGCUUUAUCAUAAAAUGAUCGAAGUGGGUUGUGUUCCUAGUGUACAAACUUUCAACAUGCUAAUUGCGAUGUUUUUUAAGACUAAUGAUGUCGAUGGUGCAUUUGAGACAUGGCGGGAGAUGGAUAAUCGAGGCUGUGCACGGGAUACAGAGACGUACUGUGUGAUGAUUGAAGGGCUCUUUGCUAGCGAUAAUACUCAAGACGCGUGUUUUCUGUUGGAAGAAGUGAUAUCCCGGGGAAUGAAGCUUCCUUAUCAGAAAUUUGACUCUUUUCUGUUGCAGCUUUCUGAAGUUGGUAAUCUUAAAGCUAUACAUAAACUGUCGGAGCAUAUGAGGACCUUCUACAACCCUGCUAUGGCAAGACGAUUUGCGCUGAACCAGAAGCGCAAGAGCAUGAGUUUAAGAGGGAAGUAAGAACAUGGUUAUCCUUGAAUCAAUCAUAAGAUUCUGCAAUUAAUUAUACAGAAGUGCAGAUUUAUACCUGUUUGAGAAAUCUGCAUAAUGAUCAGGCAUGAAGCUGAGCAACAUGUGUUAUAUAUAUUUAUUUUGGGGUGACGAGGGAAACCCCAACCAUUACUCGAGGGUGUGCACCGGGUAAACCUUAUGGUUGCUCAUAAUAGCUAAUUGGCUCAAAUCAAGGAGGUUGGGAUUCAAACUGGUGAUUUUGUGGUUACAAAUUUGUAUCCUUAACCAGCUUGACUGGGUUACUUCACAUGUGUUAUAUAUUGUUUCUUCUAUAUGCAGAAUAUGCGAUUUCCUAAGCCCCUCUGAGAAAUAGAGAAUAAGCUUCACUAGUGGAAGGGGUAUCUUAUAUUCUUGCUGUUUUGUCAAACUGGCUAAUUAAAUAUUUGAUGAGCUAUUCAAAUAUUGCAGUAACUUGGGUAGUAAUUUCUAAUUUGAUGAGUCAGACAUUUAAUGGUCUUCUACAAUGUAAAUUUUGUGCAUUA